CUGGGCUGAGCAGUGUGCCCCAGAGGCCUGGAAAGGCUUCAGACCAUCAUUUACUUUCUCUCUGCGUUCUCCUGAAUGUUCUGUUGAAUGGCAGGGAGGGCAGAACCACAGGAUUCCAUGGUCAUAGGUCCUGGAACCCAGGGUCAGCCUAGCUCGCCUAGCUCAGCACACCUGUCUGAACCCCGAGCGCCAGCAAGAGGGCUUUUCCUGUAGGCACCUCUGGCAGGUAGGCGCAGGCAGGCGGCUGUUACAGCUGUCCAGCAGGGGUGGAGGUGGCCAGCAUACACAGGAGACUGGAGAUGGCAGUCGUGAGGUCAGCUGGUGCAUGGCUGGGACACCAUAGUGCACAGACCCGCUCUGGACCCAUCUGUCCUAUUGUAUUGACCCUGGGCUGGAAAUAACACGUACUAGGUAGGCCCUGUGCUGCACAUACAUAGUCUCAGCUACUCAGGAGGCUGAGGAAGGAAAGUCUGAGGUCAACUGGGCAGUUUAUCAAGAUACUGUCUCAAAGGGCCCUCAGGGUGUCACUCAGUGGUAGUGUUUGCCUAGAACGUGCAAGAUCUGAGUUCAAUCCCUGUGACUGCAAAGAAGAAGGGAGAGAAGAGACACAUGCUGGCCUUAACCCGACAGGGAACUGUCCACCUGUCUGCAGCCAAGAUGAGAGAGGAGGCCAAGGGGUGAGUGCUGACAGCGCCCCUGGGCCAGUCCGCUUUGCUUAUUCUCCGCACUGAACCUGGCGCCUUCAAAGAGGUGGCCUGGGCAGUCCCCGUAAGAGACUCCAUGCGUGGUUGGUGGAUGACCAUCCAUCCUCAGGGCUCAUCUGUCUUUGUCACCCCAGCUCCCGCCAGCAUUCCCACUCAUCCAGGUUGCUUGCUAGCUGGAGUGCCCCUGACACAUCCACAAAUAGCUCAGGCCCUUGUUGGGUAUUUGUGGGCAUAAGGACAGGAAGCUGUGCCCCGAGGACUACCCCAGGUCCCGAUGAACUCUGCCCACAGAAAGUAGCAGUAGCCUGGCAUCUCAGGGUGAUCAAGGUCAAUUAACCUCAUUGAUUUCACAACUACUUUUUUCCGUUUGCUUGCCAACCCACUGGUCCUAGGAGUUUAGAGUGACCAGGUAGUGUCUGUGGCUUCAGAUGCCAAGGAGUCCCUUACACUGUUCCCUGGAAGAUGCCCCUUCCCUUGGCUUUUUUGGUUUUGUUUUUUUGGUGCCGGGGAUUAAACUCAGGAUCUCUUACACUUGUCAAGCAGGCAUUUAAGCCGCUGAGCUAAACCCCCAGCCCCCGCUCCUUCCCUUGGAAAACAGGCUCUCUGAUUCACCAAAUUCAUCACAGAGAUGCACAGCACAGGUUCUGCAAGUUGGUGGGGAGGUAUGCUGUGGCCUUUGGUCAAGUUGUGAAUUGCUGACUUCACUGCAAGGAAGGAGCCCGCUGUAAGCAAUGUGCCCUGGUGGCCAGCUGGUCCUGCAGGCCUGGCACCCUUGGAGGCGCCAUUACCCAUGCGGAGUAGCUGUAUUAGUUUUCCACUGUUGAGACAGAAAAUGUGUCACACAAUUUCAAGGCUGAGUAUAUUUUGGCACAGUCCUUGGCUGGCUCUGAGGUGGAAACACCACAGCAUGAGAGCACUGUGGAGGAGACUGCUCACCUUUUGAUGCCCAGAAAGCAGAAAACGGGGAAGAGCCCAAAAGAAAGCAGCCAGUAGCCAGAUCCUGACUUCAGGGUCCUGUUCCCAAAACCUACCAGACACACCUAGAAGUGAGCCUCCCCAAUCUCCCAGGCAUCUCAUGCUAAUCAUGCUGACAAAUAAGAUGAACCACUGCAAGCCCAUCCCCUGUCAAUUUGGCACAUAAACACAUAGCUAAACCACACUUAAUCCCCAAAUGCAGACAAUACCAUGGUCACAAUUCCCAGUGCCCUGCAGCGCUAACCCUUUCCCCAAAUGUCAGCAGUCUCAGCAUCGCUCCAGAGACUGAAUCCAAAGUCCCCUCUGAGACUCAAGGCCAACUCUAAACUGCUCCCUGUGAAAUUCACAAAGCAAGUUAAUGCUCCCGAGAUCCAGCGGUUCCUCCCAUCCCAAAGGGAGUAAUGGGGAACAGAAAAGAGCAAGACUCAAACUUGGCAGGACAAACAUUAAGCCGUAUACCUCUACAUCCAGGACCCUGGGCCAUGGCAGCACAAUGUGAGCCCCAGAGCGCUUGGGCAGCCCUGCCCCUGUGUCCUUGCCAGUUGCAGCCCACAUGGCCUCUCUCCUAGGCCGGCUCUGCAUGCUGUAGCUUUCCUCGGAGACACUCCAUGCCUGGCAUCUCCAGCUCCCGACGUCUCCUUUGCAGCUCCAGCAGCCUCACACGCUGUCCUCUUAGGGGCUCCCGGCAGGGACUCUGAUCCUGGCCCACAAUGUCUGGCUUCCCCAGCCUGCCGCUGAAUGUUGUGGAAUCUUCUGUGACCCCAAAGCCCGCAUCAUAGGGAUGCUGUCAGAGGCCAGGGACCCAAGGUCCUGCUUCCAGGACUCACCUAGAUGGGAGCUUUACUAGACUAUCAGUCUGUCACACCAAUCAAGUUGACAAUUAAGAUUAACCAUUACAACUGAGUGUAGUCGCUCACGCCUAUAAUCCCAGCACUCAGAAGGCUGAGAGUUCGAGGCCAGCCUGAACUACAUAGCAAGACCCUAUCACAAAAACAAAAACAAAACAAGAUUAACCAUUAUAGCUGCUCAGAUUACAUCUCAGGCACUUGAGGCUGCGUACUGAAAACGCUGACCUCCCUUAGGCCUGCAGACAGCCAGUUUGUGGCAGGAACAGCUGAAAAGAUUUGGCAUCUCUGUUUUCAUAUUGUGUUUGUCCCCUUUGACUGCGGACUUCACCUUUGACUACAGACACCUCCCGGCCACCAUGACCAGCCACACAGGACCAGGAAAGGAGCAGAAAGAGGUGGCACCCAGGUCUUGGAAGAUCUCCGCCGAUUUCAAGAAAAGACACGAACAGUCUUUCCUUUCGUUAGCCUGUCUCUCUCCACCACCCCGUCCUGGGCCUAGGAUUCCUCAAUUCCUUUAGCGUUGAGAGGCUGAUUUGAGAGCAGAAACUCUAUUCCUUGGUGACUCAAUAAACCUUAUUUUUUUUUUUUGUCACUGUGCCUUGAGUUGUUGGCUUUGUCAAGUGAAUUCCAAAUCAGACCUUCCCUCCUUAAAGUGUCCCUUUAUGCACUGAGCUACAAAACAUGGUCAUUUCCAGGUUUUAGACAUUUCUGUAUCUUAGAAGCAAAGAGUAAACAGCACUGGUUCCUUUAUUCUCUGUGUGGGCAUGGAGCAGCCUAUAGACACUCUGCGUGUUUAUGUGAGAGAAAGCAGGCAGAUCCAGGGUUUCCCAAUAAUCAAGAUGUCUCACGGCAUCAGACCAAAGAUCACCAAACCUUACAUACGUAAGAAGAAAAACAAGAACAACAAAAACAGGAUUUUUAUUUGUUUAUGAAUAUCUUUUGUACUGCAAGUCAGCUUUAUAACUGGAUAUAAUGUCAAGAGCGUCCAGGCAUGAUUCUGAGCUUAUGGCGUGGUGGCUCAUAGCUGUAACCCCAGCACUCUGGGAGGCUGAGGCAGGGGAUCACAGGUUCAAGGCCAAGCUAGACAACUGGGAGACGCAGUGAAAACCUGUCUCAAAAUAAAACACUCGGUCUGGGUAUAGCUCAGUGCAAAGGCCCUGAUUUAAAAAAAAAAAAUCUCUCUCUCUCUCUCUCUCUCUCUCUCUAUAUAUAUAUAUAUAUAUAUAUAUAUGUAUAUAUUUAAUUCCUAAGGCAUAAUCAUACAUUUCAUAUGUGUUCGUGAAAUAAGAUAAACAUUAUACUUAAUCUCAUAGGAGUCAGGAUUAAAGGUUUUCUAAAUAUUGUAUGAAGCAUUACAAAUCCUUGCUGUAUCAACUCAGUCUCAGUAUUAAGCUACUGACCUCUGUAUGAAAUACACAUGGUGGUACAAACCUAUAAUUUCAGCACUCAAGAGGCUGAGGCAGGAGGAUUGCUGUAGAGUUCAAACAAACCAUAAUGAAGUAUAAACAUUCCUGAAAAUCAAUAUAAAAAUUUGUCCCAUGAAACAGCAGAAUAGAAAUACACAAUUUUCUUGAUUUAAGUGGUCAAAAGUCAAACAAGUAUGCUGAUUCUCUCUCUUUUUGAGACGGGGUCUCGCUGUGCAGGGCAGGCUGGCCUUGAGCUCACUUUGUAGCCCAGGCUGGUCUCGAACUCGCAACGAUCCUCCCGCCUCAGCCUCCCGAGUGCUUACAGGUGUGAGCCACCACGCCCGGCUCUGAUUCUCUCCUAAAAUUAGGGGUGCACGUCUUCAGCAGUCUACAUGAGGAAGAAACCGAAAAAGGCACUUACCAAAGAUCCUUCCGAUCAGGAAGGACUAUAUUCUAAGAAGUACUUCAGAAGAACAGGUAAUUCUAGGAUUAUAGACAAGAAGUACUAGAAGACUUCAGGAGAUGUUUCAGCUUUUAGAUCUGGGAUGUUGACUAAACCACUGAAGUGUGAUAUCCUUAUUAUCUUUUCCUUUGCAAGACAUUGAAUAGCCCCAAAUUUCUCUAUCCUGAAUAGCAGAUUCAUUUUCCCCAACUAGUUGUUUGUCAUCUGAGGUGACUGAAAGAUCCUUCUUGUUUCCAAGCAUGUGCCCUCAGAUUAUGAAUGAUCAGAGUCAUUCUAGAAGAUUAUGUAGUUCAUUUGAGGGUGCUUCUGUCUUUUCAUGGUCUCUGGUGUCCACCAUGUCAGUGGUAGGGUUGCCCUCCCAUAUCCCAGGUCUUUACUGUGACCAUAACUUUAGUAACUUUCCUCCUGUCGAAGCCCACUGUGGGUAUCCUGUCUUUGCUGAAUGCUCCUAAUCCAGUAACACAGACCAAGGGAGUCUUGACCAAGCAGACCCAGGCCAGCAGGUGGCAGAGCCCAGAAGGGAGCCCAGAAAGCUGACAACUUCCAUAGGAGCAGCCUCAGCUGCGACCCCUCCCCAUAAUAGCUCUUGGCCUUGUACAACCCAAUGGCGAGGAUGAACUCUUUAUGUAAUAACCCUAGCCAGGUUUGUGAUUUACAGUGAUCUGUCACAUUCUGUUCGCUCUUGUUUACUCUGCUACACAGAAUUUUUAAGUUUGAGGCUGUCCCAUUUUUCUGCGCUGUCUUUUGGUGAUCCCUCUGCCUUGGGUGUCAUUUCCAAGGACUCACUGCCAGUUCUACUGGGAUGAUGCUUUUCCCUGAUGGUUUCUUCCAUCGGUUUCAUAUCUUUUGGGUCAUAUGAUUGGAUCUCUCAUCUAUCUGAGUUCAUUGCUGUGUAUAAUGCAAGACCCUUGUCUGACUCCAUUGUUUGGCCCAAUAUUCCCAACACCAUUUGUGGAAGAGACUUUCCUUCCCCCUGUUGCUGAAGACCCUUUUGUUGUGGAAAAUGGGACCAAAGCAAAUGGGAGACACUCAGCACUGAGGAACUUGGAAGGCAGACAACUGUUUCUACCACCGGCCUGAUGGUAAUCUCAGUUCCGAAUCAUUACCCUAUCUUGGGGUUAAGAAAAGGUUCCGACGUGUUGGUAACAGGAAACGUAACAGACUGGCAGGAAGCACUAAGCAGGCUGCUAACAAGACUUCCUAUAGUUGGUUACAUAUUGUCUUGUCACUUGUUGUUAGGCAGAUUUAGUUCCAGAAAGUUGGUUGGGAAUUUUCUAUUCUGUAGUAGGAGGAGGGUCAGGGCUAGGGCGAGGGUCAGGGCUCCCUUCCCAGGAAGGGAAGGUCUGACUGUGUUAGACCAAGCCCAGCUGUCUCUAGAUCAGCCAACCUGAUUGCCUUGAAACUUCAGAGUGGGUUAGUGCAAGACAUACUUCUGGGGUCAGGGGUUUAGCUCAGUGGUGUAAGUGCCUGCUUGGCAAAUGUGAGGUUGUGAGUUCGAUCCCUGGCACCAAAAGAAAAAAAAAAAAGAUGCACCCUUGUCUGAGUUACACUUAUCUUACAUGCCACAGCUGGCACUGGACUGCAAGGCUGGUGGAGUUUUACCACUUUCUAAUUAUGGGUACGGGCUGUGUCUGCCUUUUUAUGACCUUCAAUAAGUGGCAGACUUACCUUUUCCUUUACCAUUUGCUUUACACUUUAGCCAUACUCUGAACAUUUAUUUCUGGAUUCUGUCAGCCUGUUUAGUUUCAGUGUCUGUCUUUAUGCCAGUACCACACCCUUUUGAUUACUGUAGUCUGUAACAUGUUUUGAAAUCGGAAAGUGAAAGUGUCCAUCUUUGUUCUUUCCCCAAACCCGUUUUGACAAUUUAGGUUUCCUUUAGAUUCCCUUAGAAUUUUAGGAUGCUUUUUUUUUCUGUUUCUGAAAAACAAAAGUGCUACCAUUGGAAUUUUGAUAAGAAAUCUUAAAAAUAUGUAAACUGCUUUGGGAAGUGCUGGUAUUUUAUGGCUUUUCCUUUGUGUCUUUUCAAUUUCAGCAGUUUUCUGUAUCGAGGUCUUUUUAUCUGUGUUUUUCAUCUCCAUAGUGAAAUUUACUUCUAAGUGUUUUACUUAUUUUAUUUUUGUUUUUAGUUUUUGAGUCGGGGUCUUGGUGCAGAGUUCAGAGUGGCCUUCAACUCAUGGCAAUCUUCCUGUCUCGGCCUUCAAAGUGCUGGGAUAAGAGGCAUGCACCACCAUAACAUGUGGCUUUCUUCCUAAUUUCCUUGGAGCCUGAGCUUUGGCUCAGCCACAUUGCUCCCCUCUAAGUGUGUAGAAAUGUAACCAGUUUUGUUGCCGGAGUUUUGCAUCUGCCUGGUGGGCCAGUGACCUGUGUUGUACUUGCUCUGCGUAGCAGCGUGUCAACGCUGGGAUCCUCCAGGGGAAGAUUUUCCAGGUAUUUACCGAAGGGACUCCCUUACGUGCGCAUGCGUGGAUCUACGCGUGCGUGACUGUGCGUGACUGUGCGUGAGCGGGCUCCGCCCCCCCCCCCCCCGAAGCUGCGACCUCCCGCCUGCCGGGCCUCUCCCUCUCCCCAGCCCCGCGCGGGCCUAGCCGACUGCGUACUAACAGUUCGCGAGUGCUGACUGCAUUUCAUCACUUUUGUUGUUAUUUUAAGUGUGAUGUCGCUCCCCCUUCCGAAAAGUAUAAAAUGGUCAACAAUGAAAACCACAGAAGAAACUUCAGGGAUCGAACUCACAACCUCACACUUGCCAGGCAGGUGCUUAUGCCACUGAGCUAAGUCCCCGGCCCAGAAGAAACUUUUUAGUCAUCUUUUCUCAUAUACUAAUUAUGAAAUUUCAUUGUUUGUUACACUCAUUAGAGCGCUAGGACACCCACCCCCAAAAGAACUCUGUGACAAUCUUGAGUAAACAUUGGCAGGUGACAUCCCUGGCACUUUCUUAAUUUAAUUCAAAUGAUUUUAAUGUUUUUCCAUUUAUAAUAUUUACUGCUAUCUUUCUCGUAAAAAUAUUUUCUGUUUCCUUAUUUUUUACUGCCAUUUUGCUUAAUGUUUUAAUAAUGACUGAUUCCUGUCAAGAUCUUUUUAGCCUUUAUUGAUAUGAUUGUAUAGCUUUUCUUCUUUAUUAUGUUGUAGAAUGCAUUAUAUUAGUUUCUUGACAGAAGAAAUUCAUAUUUUUAGAAUAAACUGAAUCAUACUAUAUCAUUCGGUAGUACUUUAACUAUUUUUAAAUAUUUAUGUUUGCAUCAUAAGUAAAAUUUAAUCAUGAAAUUUCUUUUUUUUUUUUGCUGUCUUUAGAGGGCUUUUUAAAAUUAAGGUAUCUCUUCAUGGCCAGGGACUUAGCUUAGUGGCACAAGAGCCUGCCUAUCAAGCGCAAGGUUGUGAGUUCAGUCAGUCCUACCAAAAAAAAAGUAUCUUCACACUUUAAAUUGGGAGAAUUUUCCAUAUUUUUCUAUAAUUUGUAAUCAUUUGCUAACACUAAAAUUAUAUAUUUAAAGCUUGAUUGAUUGUGAAUAGAUUUAUUUGGUCAUAGUGUUUUUACUUUUUUUUAAAGUGUUGUACUUUAUAGAUUCCUCCAUGGUACUAGAUCUACACAUGUCUUCUGUUUCUUCUUAGGUCAGCUGGUGUUAAUUAGGGACUUGCUCAUUUUCUCCAAGUUUUCAGAUUUGUUUCCUUAAGUAGACCUGUAAUAUUCUUCUUUUUUUUUUUUUAUCGGUACCAGGGCUCGAACUCAUGACCGCCUGCUUGCAAGGCAGGUGCUAUGCCACUGACCUAAUUUCGCAGCCCCAUGUAAUAUUCUUCUAAUUCUUUCAGUAUUUACUUUAUCAGGGUUAUAUUUAUUUUUUCAUAUCUUGUAUGUUUUUGCUGUCAGUUUUUUCUUUUAUUAGAUCUGUUCUGUGCUUAUCUACUUUACUGUUAUUUUGGGGGGGGGCACAUUUUUAAUUUUUUUUUUUUUUGGUACUGGGGAUCGAACUUGGGAGCAACCUCACAUUUGCCAGGCAGGCAUUUAUGCUGCUGAGUUAAAUCCCCAGCCCUAUCAUGCUUUUUAUAUAUUUUUUUCUAACUUUUCCUACCACUUAAUUUUUUUCUGAUUGUUAUUAUUAUUUACUAUUUUAAGCCAAAUCUUGCUGUGUAGUUCAAGGCUCUGGCAGUGAUCCUCCUGCCUCAGUCUUCCCGUUACUGAGAUUAUGGGUGUGUGUUGCCACGCCCAGCUCUGAUUAAUUCUGGAUUUCUGGUUUAUUUGCCCCUUAUUUUUGAGUAAAAAAUACCUUUUUUUUUUUUUCUUGUAUAGCUUUUGCCAUGUCCAUUUCAUGGGCUUGAAAUUAUAUUAGGAAGGGGCUGGGCAUUUAGCUCAGCGGCAUAAGUGCCUGCCUUGCAAGCGUGCAGUCGUGAGUUCGAUCCCCGGUACCGGUAAAAAGGAAAAAGACCAAAAAAAAAAAAAAAAAAAAAAAAAAAAAUUAUAUUAGGACACAUUUGGCUACAAAUAGUAGAACACCUAUUUGCUUUCUUGUUGGAACAAAAUACCUAGCAUCUGCAACCUUUAAAGAGGAAACUUUUUUUUGUCCCAGAUCAAACUCACAACCUUGUGCUUACCAGGCAGAGGUUCAGGCCCAAGAGGGAACUUUUAAAUUUGGCUCCUGGUUUCAGAGGAUUCAGUCACUGAUGAGUGAAGCUGCUUAUCCCACUGCAGCCAGGAAGCAGAGAGGAAGGGGCCAGGGGCUAUGUGAACACCCAAGGUCACUCCUCCAUGAGCCACUCAGACACACCCAGAACUGAACUUCCUCAAGCCAGUCAAGUUAACAGAGAAGAUCCACCAUCCCAAUGGCCAUCUAACAGUAAGUUGGAUGAUGCAGACAUUUGUUAUUCAUUUAACAAGCCUGAGAGUAGCUAUUUCUAGGGUAGAUGUUUCCAUGGCUUAACACUGUCCUCAGGGACUUACACUUUUUCUAGCAUUUUGCCUCAUCAGCAGUAGCACCUUGGCUUUUUUUUUUUUUUAAACUUUUUUUUUUUUUUUUUUUUUGUCUUUUUCCUUUUUAUUGGUACCGGGGAUCGAACUCACAACUGCCUACUUGCAAGGCAGGCGCUUAUGCCGCUGAGCUAAAUCCCCAGCCCCAGCACCUUGGCUUUUUGUCUGUCCUCAUGCUCAUCACUGCAGGAAAGCUGCAACAGUUCCAGACAUCACAUGCUCUAUCCCACUUAUACACAGGAAAAACAAAGGAGGGGAAAAUGAGAUUCAGUUCUCCCUGCCUCAAAUGUCUCUUAAAAAAUCAGAAGGCUCUCUUAACAUUUUCUUACACUGAUUGUUUAUAAUUGGGCCACAUGGCCUCACCUGUCUUUGAGAAGAUAAGAAAUGUCUGACAGCUGGGUGUGAUGGCACAUGCCUGUCACCCCAGCACUCAGGAGGCUGAGCCAGGGUGGUCACCACAAGUUGGAGGCCAGCCUGGGCUAAAGUGAGUUCAUGGCCAGCCUGAACUUCAAAUCAGGACUUUGUCUCAAAAGAAAAAAGUGUGACAGGGGAUAGGGUUACAUGACCCAGGCAAUCAUGACUCACACCCUGGGCUACCAACAAUGGCAUUCUGUCUAAACUAGAUUCCAGAUAGUUUUUCCUCUUCGAGUUUAACUGCAACGGCUUUGAUGCAUACCAAUUUGUGAUUAGUUUAUUCUUCAGUUUAUCCCUUACGUCACUACAUUAAAUUCCUAUUUGUUGCUCAUGAUGGGGUCGCCAUGAAUAGUUUGGGAUGGCCUUGCAUUUACCAUGUAGUGCAGGCUGACCUUAAACUCUUGGCAACCUUUUUUUUAGCCUCGGGCCCCUGAAUGCCGGGGUGAUAUAGAUGUGUGCCAUGGUGCCUGGCUGUGUUAAAUCCCUCUUUAAUUUGCUUUAAACUCAACCUUGUGUCAUAUUUCUUUCUUUUUCUUUCAGACAAAAUUACUGUUGCUACUUUGCCCACACUGGGCUCAAACUAUUUUUUCUCUCUUUUUUUUCUUUUGAGACAGGGUUUUGCUUUGAAGUUGAGGCUGGCCCUGAAGUCUCUAUGUAGCCCAGGCUGGCCUCAAACUCACGGUGAUCCUCCUGCCUCAGCUGGGAUCACAGGUGUGUGCCACCGUGCCUGGCUCAGGCUCAAACUUUUUUUUUAUCUUUUUUUUUUUCUUUUUCUUUUUUCCAGUACCGGGGAUCGAACUCAGAACCACCUGCUUGCAAGGCAGGUGCUUAUGCCGCUGAGCUAAAUUCCCAGCCUGAGGCUCAAACUUUUAAUGCUUCUUCCUGCUUCAGCCUCUCAGAGUCCUGGGGUACAGGUUUUGUGCCACCACAACCCACUUAAUGCUCCGCUCCUGCUUCUUAAAUUUGAGGGUUUCGUGCCAUCUCUUUGUUCAUGGUUUCUCUUCCUCGCCCCCUCUUUCUCACUGUUUCUUGUCAGCGCUGCGGCAGGAUUUUUUCUGUUCACAUUUAGUGUGAUACCCUUUACUGUGACAUUUUCCUUCCUGCUUCGUUUUUCUUCACUCUGGUGGCACCCAGUACAGUGGCAGCAGCCGAGACAGAGGUUCUGGGUCAGCACCCAGGUCCAGGUGUGGGUGGCGGGGCUUGACCAGCGAGGUUGCUUGUUCCAGGUGUUAAUCAGAACUCUGAAUAAUGCCAUUUCAAGUUUGUCGGUAUUUUGGCUGUUUAUUUUUCAAUCAAUUCUACAGGGCCUCUCUGCUCAGUCAAGUUUUAUGUGGACAAUGAAAAUAUUUUUCAUGGCAGACAGUGGGACAGUGGAAACAUUUCCUGCCUGUGGGGGUCCAGGUGUACAGCUGGCAGCCAACGCCUUCAGGUGUCAGAACAGACCUCCCCAGGGACACAAGCACGCUCGGCCCCUUUGCCCUUCACAGCCAAGAAUGAGCCGCCGCAGGUCAGCGUCAGACCCAACCGGUCCCUUCCGUAAUGAGCUCCCCCUGGGCUCCAGCGGUGCCCGCUCCUGCACCCCGAGGACGCUCGGUGCAUUUCCCCCUGCGCGCGCUCUAGUCUGGGUACCCUCUGACUGCCCUCCAAAGGCCACCGGCGCGGCACUCCCUACAGAAGGGACAGAGGACAGCAGGAGUGCCAGAUGCUCCAGGGCAUUCUCCCAACAAAUGUCUUUCUUGGUUCCACAAGAGCCUUUUAUUCUCCUUUUUAUGAGAGGACCUGAUUCCUCCCUUAGACAGUAA